AUGGGUGCCAUUCCUGAAGCUGAUCCCGAUGAGCCUCUCGAAACCAAGCCCUUCAAGUUCGUGACAGGCUACGAUGCUCGCUUCCCGAACCAGAACCAGACCAAGCACUGCUGGCAGAACUACGUCGACUACUUCAAGUGCAUCAACGCCAAGGGCGAGGACUUCCGCCCGUGUCGCCAGUUCUACCUUGCUUACCGCUCUCUGUGCCCCAAGUCCUGGACCGACCGAUGGGAUGACCAGCGUGAAGCCGGAAACUUCCCUGCUCGUCUGGACGCGUAA